AUGGACCAUACCCGCGAUCCCUGCCCCUGGGUCAUCCUCAAUGACUUUGGCGGUGCUUUUGCUAUGGGAGCUAUCGGUGGAACGGUAUGGCACGGUAUCAAGGGUUACCGCAACUCGCCCUAUGGUGAGAGAAGAAUCGGUGCCAUCUCAGCCAUCAAGAUGCGCGCUCCCGUACUGGGAGGAAACUUUGGAGGUCUUCGUGGACACAAGGAGGAUCCUUGGAACAGUAUCGCCGCUGGGUUUCUCACAGGUGGUGCGCUAGCCAUCCGUGGAGGAUAUAAGGCCGCCCGAAACGGUGCCAUUGGUUGCGCGCUUCUUCUUGCCGUCAUCGAGGGUGUCGGUAUCGGUUUCCAGAAGAUGUUCGCCGGCAGCACGAAGCUGGAGAUGCCGGCGCCUCCUCCUUCCGACGAGAGAGCUCUUGCAUAA